GAUUAACCCCCUUAAACCCUAAAGGCUAAAACCUCAGGGAAAAAGGCAUCUUGUCUGUUCUUUGUUUCUUUCUUCGUAUUUAGAGUCACCGGAAAUGUACUCGUCAAUUCUCCGGGAACGAUCCGGAUCCUUCACUGGGUCUUUAUGGAGCCGGAUCAUCUCCCGAAACAUGGGUGGUGGUCCCAGAACCUUCCCAGGAGGUCUCAACAAGUGGCAAUGGAAGCGUAUGCACGAGAAGAAAGCCAGAGAGAAAGAGAACAAGCUCUUGGAUCAAGAGAAACAGCUUUACGAGGUUCGAAUCCGGUCCGAAAUCCGAGCCAAAAUGAUGGGGAAUACCGAUUCCGGCGAAAAACCGGCGAAAUCGAGCCAGAGUCACGGUCCGUUGAGCCCGAAUGAACACAUAAAGUCCUUGGCUGAUCGGUUUAUGAAAGCCGGAGCGGAGGAUUUGUGGAACGAAGACGACGGGCCGGUUAAGAAAUCGACUGAUAACGCACGGUCAGGUUCGAAUUCGAUUGAUUCUUCUUCUAAUUCGCCGAUCGAUGUGAGGAGAUUGUUUUCUGAGAACAACCGUGCUUCAAUGGGUAAUAGUCGGAUUUUCGAUCGUACUAGCAGAGGCUUCUCGAGUAUGAGUAGAGGUAGAUUUAAGAGAAACGAGAGUUCUUGUGAUGAAGGAGAUGACUUCGAUGCGAAGAAGUUAGAUACUCUGAGUCCCUUUUCUCCUAGCUUCGCUGGUAAGAAGGAGAAAGUGAAGAGCUCGAGUAACGUUAGCGGAGUUAUGAGGAACAAAGGCUUGUUUAGUCGGAGGAAGUUUAGGAAGAACGAUAGCUCAACUGAAGAAGACUCCGAGGAGGAAGACGGAGGAGAUGGUAAGAUGAAAGGUUGGAUGGAUUUGAGGAGAACAGGGAGCAGCGCAGCGUUAGGAAACCACGAUGUCACGCUGACGAAAAGAGUGAACCGUAAUGUCACUGACGAAGAGCUUUAUCCUCCGCUCGAUAUCAACGUCGUUAGAGAAGAUCUCAGUAAAAGAAAAUCUGUAGAAAAUGCAAUGGAGGAGAAUCGAGAGCCUCGUGACUCCAUUUACAGUGGAAAAAGAUUUGAUGAGUCUAGUCUAUCUCCUUUGACUCUAAAGGCUCUUUCUGCUUCUGGCAUUGUGAAGAUGACUACAGUACAAGACGCAACUCUCUCUGAGUGCCUCGACGGUAAAGAUGCGUUAGUGAAAGCCAAAACCGGGACUGGAAAAAGCAUGGCCUUUUUGCUUCCUGCUAUUGAAACAGUUCUGAAAGCUAUGAGCAGCAGUAAUGGCGUACACAGAGUUCCUCCAAUAUUCGCUCUUGUCCUCUGUCCUACAAGAGAACUCGCAAGCCAGAUCGCUGCGGAAGGCAAGGCUCUGCUCAAGUACCAUGACGGGAUCGGUGUUCAGACUCUGAUCGGAGGUACACGCUUCAAACUUGAUCAGCAGCGCCUAGAAUCCGAGCCGUGCCAGAUACUAGUUGCAACUCCGGGAAGACUCUUGGAUCAUAUAGAGAAUAAGUCUAACAUAACCUCGCGUUUGAUGGCGCUUAAAUUGUUUGUAGUCGACGAGGCUGAUCUCUUGCUAGACUUGGGAUUCAGGAGGGAUGUUGAAAAAAUCAUAGAUUGUUUGCCUCGUCAAAGACAAUCUCUUCUCUUUUCCGCAACCAUUCCUAAAGAGGUCCGUCGAGUAUCUCAGCUUGUUUUGAAAAGAGAUCACUCUUAUAUCGACACAAUAGGUCUUGGUUGUGUAGAGACCCAUGAUAAGGUGAAGCAGUCUUGUCUUGUUGCUCCACACGAAUCUCAUUUCCACUUAGUACCUCAUCUAUUGAAAGAGCACAUCAGCAACACGGCCGAUUAUAAGAUUAUAGUCUUCUGUUCAACCGGUAUGGUCACAUCACUGAUGUACACUCUGCUCCGGGAAAUGAAACUGAACGUCAGGGAGAUUCACGCUAGAAAACCACAGCUCCAUAGAACACGUGUGUCGGAGGAGUUUAAAGAAUCGAAAAGACUGAUUCUUGUCACAUCUGAUGUGUCUGCUCGUGGAAUGAACUAUCCAGAUGUUACUUUGGUUAUUCAGGUCGGUAUACCGAGUGAUAGAGAACAGUAUAUACAUCGGCUUGGUAGAACCGGAAGAGAAGGCAAAGAAGGCAAAGGGUUGCUUUUGAUUGCGCCAUGGGAGAGAUAUUUUCUUGAUGAGCUUAAAGAUUUGCCUCUUGAACCAAUCUCAGUUCCUGAUCUUGAUUCAAGAGCUAAACUUGAGGUUGAUCAGUCCAUGGCUAAGAUUGAUACAAGUAUUAAAGAAGCAGCGUACCAUGCUUGGCUCGGUUAUUACAACUCGGUUCGAGAAACCGGUAGAGAUAAAACCACGCUGGCUGAGUUAGCUAACCGGUUUUGCUAUUCAAUCGGUUUAGAGAAACCACCUCCUUUGUUCCGCAGAACCGCGGUUAAGAUGGGUCUCAAAGGUGUUUCUGAGAUUCUAUGCACAGAGCAUCAACAAUGUUUUCCAGAACUCGGAGAAAUCAAUAUUUCCGCGGUUAAGGUCAAGCAUCGAAAUCGUUUCUUUCACUUGUCAGAUCGUAUGAUUUUGUGUAAGCCUUUUGAAGGAAUCAAUAUAAGCUGGUACGUCUACGUCGAUGCCACCGCGAGAGUUGACAAGCGUGAUGUGCUGAGUUUAAUGGAUGCCGACCAAAAUGGCUCAAAGUCAAACCAUGAGUUGGUCGAGAAGAAGAGGGAGAUUGCAAAAGACUCUCUACUUUUGGAUGGGUAUACCAAGAAUCUGACUCCUGAAGAUGGUUUUGAAACUGAAGUAGCUGAGAAGACAACAAAGAAGAGGAAACUGAAAAGUUCGGAUGGGGAAAAAAGUCGAAAGAAACCUUCAGUUGAUCUCAGUCAGUCCGCUGCUGCUAAGACUGCUCCAAGAGUUGAUAUUGUUGAUGAGAGUCGUGAGUUUUGUGGAAAAUCUCAGGUUGACAUUGUUGCUUCUGAGACUUGUGCAGUACUUUCACCGAGAGAAAAGCUAGAUGAUGUUCUUAUGGGAGCAACAGGAAAAGAACAUGAAAUGGUUGAGAAAUCUGUUGAAGAUGUAGGAAGAGAUCAAAUGGAAACUGAUAAUGUUGCGAGCCACCCGGAAAAUCAUUUGGACACUAACAGUGGGUUGAUAACCAGACCAGAUACAGAGGAGAAGAAGGAUGCCGACCAAAGUUGUGUGAACCAUGAGGUGCUUGAGAAAAAGAAGGAGAUUGCUAUUGACUCUGUACUUUUAGAUGGGCAUACCGAGAAUCUGACUAUUGAAGAAGGUCUCGAAACUCAAGUAGUUGAAAAGACAACAAAGAAGAGAAAACUGAAAAGUUUGGAUGGGAAAAAAAUUCGGAACGAGUCUGCUGCUCCUACAACUGCUUCAAGAGUUGAUGUUGAUGAGAUUCACGACUUAGGUGGAAAAGUUGAGGUUGGAGUUGUUGCUUCCGAGUCUUCACCGACAGAAAAGCUAGAUGAUACUCUUACGGGAGGAAUAGGAAAAGAAAAUGAGAUGGCUGAGAAAUCUGUCGAUGAUGUGGGAAGAGAUAAAAUUGAAGCUGAAAAAACAGCGAGCAUCCCGGCAAAUCAUUUGGACGUUACCAACCCCGAGAAAGAGAAGAAAAAGAGGCGAAAGAAGAGCUCAAAAGAUGACGUCAAUCAAUCUUCUGCUGCUGCUACUACAACUUCAAAAGAUUUGGUGAAUGAGAUAAACGGAGUUCUUGGAAAUGUAGAUCGUGUUGAUGCUACUGCUGAUUCUCUUCCAAUCUCAUCAGCAGGAGGAACUCUUGGCAAUUCUUUUGCAGAAGCAACACAAAAAGAAAAUGAGGUGGUUGAGAAAAUUGUCGAAGAAUUGAGAAGAGAUAAUAUUGAAACUGAUAGUGUAUCGAGCCACCGAGCAAAUCAUUUGGACGCUAACAGUGGGUUGGCAACCAGAACAGACACAGAGAAGAAAAAGAGGCAAAAGAAGAGCUCAAAAGUUGACAUCAGUCAAUCUUCUGCCGUUCCUACUACAACUUCAGGAGAUGUUGUGAAUGAGACAAACGGAGUUCCUCGAAAUGUUGAUCGUGUUGAUGCUCCUUCUGAAUCUCUUCCAGUCUCAAGAAGAGAUACUCUUGGCAAUCCUAUUGCAGAAGCAACACAGAAAGAAACUGAGACGGGUGAGAAGAUUGAUGACGAUGUGGGAAGUGGUAAAGCUAUACCAAGUGCUGCAGAUAAUAUACAGACAAAUAAUGUUGAAAUAGAUGCUGAUAAGACUAGAUCUGUGAAGUCUACUAAGAAGAAAAAGUCCAAGAAAGACAAGACUCUUUCUAAAGAAGAUACCGUGAUCGCUUCUGGUGAAAAUGUUGAACCUGUCAAAGUUGUAGAUGGAGAAGAGCCUGAUACUGUUAUCAGAAACGUAUUAGAUUCUUUGCAGGAAAGGAACGAAACUGAGGAAAAUCUGGAAAAAAUUGUGAAGAAAUCAAGCAGGAAAUCGAAGAAGGUUGUGGAGGCCCAAGUGUUGCCAGUUGAGGUUAACAAUGCUGCUCUGGAGGAGACUCCUGUCACUCCUCCCAUCAACAACCCAAAGGACACAGAUGCAUUAUUCACGCCAGCGAAGAAAGAUGCUGAGAGCGAUGCUCUGCAUUUGCAGAAGGGUACUGAGGCUGCUGAUCAAGUGAAGGCUGAUAUGGGAGACAAUUUUGCUUCUAGCCAAAAGGACGAUAUUGUUGGUAGUGUUGAGAAGCAAGAUCAAGUGACUGGUGGAGCUAAACCUAAAAGGGAGAAGAAGAGGGUUGAUUUACAUCCAAGCGGUUCCAUUGAUGGUUCAUUGAGCUCAAUGAAACCGAAAGAGAGAAAAGGUAGAGUUCAACAUGAUAUUGAGCCAGCUAAGAAAGAUGCCGAGAGCGAUGCUUUGCAUUUGGAAAAGGGUACUGUGGCUGCCAAUAACACCGAGGAUAAUAAUAGCCUCUCAAAGCAAAUUCAAAAAGAGAAGGCUGAUAUGGGAGACAAUUUUGCUUCAAGCCAAAAGGUCGAUACUGUAGGUGGUGGUGUUAAGAAGCAAGAUCGAGUGACGACUGUUGGAGCUAGAUUGAAAAAGGAUAAUUUGCAUCCAGGCGGUUCCAUUGAUGGUUCGUUGAGCUCAAUGAAACCGAAAGAGAAAAAAGCUAGAGUUCAGCCAGCUAGUUCGGGUACUAGUCAUCUGCAGUCGAGGGUUAAGAAUGAUCGCAGUGGAUCCGUGAGAGUUGAUGUCAACAGCAAGAAGGAAGCUGUGAAGAAAAGCAUCAAACCGCUCGCAGUGGACAAGAGUAAGACGAAAUCGAUCACAGUGAACAAGAGUAAGACCAAUUUCUUCGACGGUGCUGAGAAUGAAUCAGAGGAUGAAUCUAAGACUUCGAAUGUCUCCACCAGAACGCCAUCGGAUAGUUCUUCAGACGAUGAUAGCGAUGUGACUUCUACGUCUAAGUUGCAAGGAAACAAUUUGGCUGGAGGAACGAAUAAGUUUUCAGGGAGCCUGCAAGAUAUACUGAGAAGAUCAAGCAGUUACAAGAAAGCUUUACUGAGAGCUUCUCAGUCACAAGCCGAUACGUCCGACGAUGAGGGCACUGCGUUAGAUUUUGUUCCAGAUAGCCAAGCCGUCUAAGUUUUUUGAUCGAUGAUCCUUUUGUUGGUUUCGGUUCAGUGUUGACAUAAACCUGAACAAAAAUAUGCUUAAAUCUUCAAAAUCACAGUUUUUGUUUUUGCUUCCUUCUCUGACAUUUUGUGCUUGAUCAGGAAGAGUUAUUGUUGCAACAACUACAUGUUUAGUACUUUGGUUAGUGCGUAAUAUUUUUGUUUCAGGUUUCUUUUAAAUUUAACAAUUUUUUUUUGGUAAUUCACUUCUUCAGUUUAGUGUGUGUUGUUUGGUUCUUUGUAAUUUCAAUCAGAUAAAUUGAUA